GGUUGGUGAGUGAAGUUGUUUCUUGUGGCUGAAUAUGUCCUUAAUAGGUAAAAACGCCAUUCUCCGCAAAUUGGAUUUGGGAUUCCUGCAAAUGUAAGUAAGUGUAACUGUUUCCGUAGCCAAGUGAAAAUUCCAUGGAACCAUCGGAAUAACCACGUAUACGUGCGCAACGCUGUCCGUAAAAUGACAUCAGAAUAGCUCCAGGUAAUCACGCCAGAGUUGUUUGUCUUCGACUGUGGAACGGGGGAUCCAUGUACAUAUAUUCUUCCAGACCCCAUGAAGGGUUGGGGGGGGGGGGGGGGGGGGGGGGGGGGGGGGGGGGGGGGGGGGGGGGGGGGGGGGGGGGGGGGGGGGGGGGGGGGGGGGGGGGGGGGGGGGGGGGGGGGGGGGGGGGGGGGGGGGGGGGGGGGGGGGGGGGGGGGGGGGGGGGGGGGGGGGGGGGGGGGGGGGGGGGGGGGGGGGGGGGGGGGGGGGGGGGGGGGGGGGGGGGGGGGGGGGGGGGGGGGGGGGGGGGGGGGGGGGGGGGGGGGGGGGGGGGGGGGGGGGGGGGGGGGGGGGGGGGGGGGGGGGGGGGGGGGGGGGGGGGGGGGGGGGGGGGGGGGGGGGGGGGGGGGGGGGGGGGGGGGGGGGGGGGGGGGGGGGGGGGGGGGGGGGGGGGGGGGGGGGGGGGGGGGGGGGGGGGGGGGGGGGGGGGGGGGGGGGGGGGGGGGGGGGGGGGGGGGGGGGGGGGGGGGGGGGGGGGGGGGGGGGGGGGGGGGGGGGGGGGGGGGGGGGGGGGGGGGGGGGGGGGGGGGGGGGGGGGGGGGGGGGGGGGGGGGGGGGGGGGGGGGGGGGGGGGGGGGGGGGGGGGGGGGGGGGGGGGGGGGGGGGGGGGGGGGGGGGGGGGGGGGGGGGGGGGGGGGGGGGGGGGGGGGGGGGGGGGGGGGGGGGGGGGGGGGGGGGGGGGGGGGGGGGGGGGGGGGGGGGGGGGGGGGGGGGGGGGGGGGGGGGGGGGGGGGGGGGGGGGGGGGGGGGGGGGGGGGGGGGGGGGGGGGGGGGGGGGGGGGGGGGGGGGGGGGGGGGGGGGGGGGGGGGGGGGGGGGGGGGGGGGGGGGGGGGGGGGGGGGGGGGGGGGGGGGGGGGGGGGGGGGGGGGGGGGGGGGGGGGGGGGGGGGGGGGGGGGGGGGGGGGGGGGGGGGGGGGGGGGGGGGGGGGGGGGGGGGGGGGGGGGGGGGGGGGGGGGGGGGGGGGGGGGGGGGGGGGGGGGGGGGGGGGGGGGGGGGGGGGGGGGGGGGGGGGGGGGGGGGGGGGGGGGGGGGGGGGGGGGGGGGGGGGGGGGGGGGGGGGGGGGGGGGGGGGGGGGGGGGGGGGGGGGGGGGGGGGGGGGGGGGGGGGGGGGGGGGGGGGGGGGGGGGGGGGGGGGGGGGGGGGGGGGGGGGGGGGGGGGGGGGGGGGGGGGGGGGGGGGGGGGGGGGGGGGGGGGGGGGGGGGGGGGGGGGGGGGGGGGGGGGGGGGGGGGGGGGGGGGGGGGGGGGGGGGGGGGGGGGGGGGGGGGGGGGGGGGGGGGGGGGGGGGGGGGGGGGGGGGGGGGGGGGGGGGGGGGGGUGGGGGGGGGGGGGGGGGGGGGGGGGGGGGGGGGGGGGGGGGGGGGGGGGGGUGGGGGGGGGGGGGGGGGGGGGGGGGGGGAGGGGGGGGGGGGGGGGGGGGGUGGGGGGGGGGGGGGGUGGGGGGGGGGGGGGGGGGGGGGGGGGGGGGGGGGGGGGGGGGGGGGGGGGGGGGGGGGGGGGGGGGGGGGGGGGGGGGGGGGGGGGGGGGGGGGGGGGGGGGGGGGGGGGGGGGGUGGUGGGGGGGUGGGGGGGGGCGGUGGGGGGGGGGGGGGGUGGGGGGGGGGGAUGCGGGAUGGGUGGGGAUCGGGGGUGAUCUGGGAUUCUAGGUUCAAAACGGGACGCGGGCAGGGGGGGGGUGUUCCAAGGGGUAGUGUGGGACUAAGGGGGAUGGGGGUGAUUGGGAUUGAUACGUCUAGGGGUGACAGGGGUUUCGCUGGGGUCCGGGGAGUUAUGGGAACGGUGGGGGGGGGGGGCAGCUAG